UGUGGAAUUUUGUCAGGCUUUUUAAUUUUCAAUUUUAUCGUAUUUGCAGCAGCGUUAGUGAUCUCUCUGGGUAUAGGAGUAUACCAUGCGUUUUCGGGCGGACGACAGAAGACAACAAAUGAAUACCUACUCGGGAACAGGAAGAUGAGUAUUCUUCCGGUUGGACUGUCCCUCAUGGUAUCGUUUGAAUCCUCCAUCAUGAUGCUAGGCUUUCCGGCUGAAAUUUACACCUACGGCAUCAUGUUUUGGUGGUUUACACUCGGCUUCAUGUUGGCGCAACUGAUCGCCAUCAGGAUCGUCGUGCCUCUAAUCCACCCUCUCCAUGUUACUAGUGUUUACGAGUAUCUAGAACUGCGUUACAGCAGUCGUUUACCUCGACAGAUAGGAACGGCCAUGGGAAUGUUAUAUACGAUUUUCUAUAUGGGUGUGGUUCUGUAUGGGCCUGGCACAGCACUGGAGGCAGUGGCAGAUCUCCCUUUGUGGAUUUCUAUGGUAGUGAUCAUGAUAGCUGCUGUCAUCUACACUGCUAUUGGAGGCAUCAAGGCAGUGAUAUGGACAGACGUGUUCCAAUGUUUGGUCAUGUACUGUGGAAUAGCAGGGAUUAUCAUCAAGGGGUGUAUGGUAGCAGGGGGAUUCGGAAGAGUCUUUGAAAUCAAUGGACAACUAGGCCGAUUAAACUACUUCAAUUUCGAUUUGGACCCAACAGUUCGUCACACUUUCUGGAGUCUUCUGUUUGGUACCGCCACUCGUCUUGUAUACAUCACGUUUAAUCAGGCUACAAUUCAGCGGGUAUGCGCUGUUCCUACCCAACGAAACGCUACACAAAUCUUCCUGUUCGCGGGACCUGCGUUUUUCUUGACCUUCUCUAUCGCUACCUUUGAGGGACUGGUAGCUGUAGCUUAUUUCUACUCCAUUGGAUGUGAUCCUCUUGCCUCUGGACAAAUUAAAAACCCGAAUCAGAUCAUUCCCUACAUGGUCAUCUGGCUGUUUAAGGACAACCCAGGCAUGUCGGGUCUGUUCAUGGCUUCUCUAUUCUGUGCCUCACUAAGUACUUUAUCGUCAGGUCUGAGCAGCCUUUCCGCCCAAACGGUAGAAGACAUGAUCAAACCUUUGUGGCCUGAUAUUUCUGACAGAAAAGCAACAACAAUUGCCAAACUGUCAGUGGUAUUUUACGGAGGACUAUCUCUGGCAGUGUCGUUCAUGAUCGCUAACAUCACAGGAUUACCAUUAUCUCAGGUAACCGCCCAGGUAUUGUCAGCCUUUGGAGGGGCAGCAGGGGGCAUGUUUUUGUAUUCGAUAUUUUGCCCUUGGGCAACCAAACAGGGUGCCAUAAUUGGUGCUAUAUUUGGGAUGAUAUUCAUCUUCUGGAUCGGAAUUGGUAAAAGUUUCUCUACGACAUUAUACCACGAGCCGCGCCUCCCUCCUGUCUCGUCAGGAUACUGUUACUACAGGGAUGGACUAAAUGUCACCAGUGACAUCACUAACGCUACAGAUGCUUUCACAGUUACCAUGACAUCAGUGGUGACUGAAUCUCUAACAACGUCAUCCCGUCAGAAUGAGGGUCUAGACAGAUUGUAUUCCGUGUCCUACCAAUGGAUCGGCUCCAUGGGAAUCUUCAGUACCAUUUUCGUAGCUAGCCUUGUCAGUCUCGUCAUUGGACGGCCAAAACCGGAAACGAUUGAUGUUCGUUACAUGUUACCAAUUGGCGAGCAGUUGUUGCCAUAUCUUCCAAAGGCAGCAAAGAAAUUUCUUCACUUUGGGGUACCGUUUGAAAAGAGGGAUGAUUUCCUAAAGAAAACAGUAGAACUACAAGAAAAAGAACGAAACGAAACAACGGAAAUGAUCCUCCCUAGUGACGAAAAAGAACACCAACAAAACCAAACAGUCAACACCGUAGUAAAUACAUCCCAAUCACUAAAAUUAUAG